CAGCAGCUUGUGUGUCGGUGCUACUUGAGGCACGACAGAGAUCUGCAGAAGCUUUGACAGGUAGCUCCGACUGUCAUUUCUUUGAUGUUUCCAAAGAAUCCCCAGAUGAAAUGAACCCGCCAGUGUGUGCUCCUCCCUGUCUGUCGGGUUUGUUCUGAGGAAUGAACGGGAAGGUGUCUCGGUAUGUCAGCGACACGGAAGUGUGAUCACAGCGUGUGUCCCUGUGCGUAAAUGACAGCAGGCUGGAGGAGCGUCUCUAAGCGAGGACGGGCUCUGAUCACAGCUGCUCCUCGACAUGGCACCCAGAGACCCUCUGAUCGGCACCCUGAAGGUGUGCGUCCUGAACCUGCAGGCUGAUGGGGAGAUGGUGACAGACUCCAACCCUCACCUCGCCUCCUGCUGUGAGCUGCUAGAGCUGGUCCUCAGGAAGGGGCUCCAACAGCCAGUUCUCAGUCUGGUAAACAGAGAUUACUGGCAGUGUUUUGAACAACUACCACACCAAGAUGUCUGCGGCAGGCUGUCUGCUCUGUCCUUGGCGGUUGAGCAGACCAGAGUUUGCAGGAAGCUGCUCUCAGCUCAGGGCCGAGGCCGCUACCUGCUCAGGCUGGCCCUCAGCCGCAAGACCCUGCCACAGUUCUUCACACACCUGCUGCACACACCCAGAGUCCUGGAGUGGUACAGUCCAGCUUUAUCGAUUCUCAGGAAUGAGGAAUUUGUGGAGCCUUUCAUGUCGCUGCUGCUGGUCCUGUCUCACAUGGAGUUCAAACUGGACAUGGAGAACUGCAGUUUUCUGGAUGAGAGCUGGCUCCUCCCAGUGUGUGAGCUGUAUGAAGUGGUGCCGUGUCGGGAGGUCGGGAUGGUUUUGAGAUAUCUCAGUGGGCGCGUCUUCGUCCUCGACCUGAUGCCUGGCAGUCAGGCUCACGUCGACAAGUUCAUCUCUCCUGGUGACAUUAUUGAUGAGAUCAACGGGACCUCGCUGAGAAACUCCAAAAACGGCCAAGCAGGUGUAGUUUUGUCUCGGUUGAAGGGCUGCCCUUUGUCCAUCCGUGUUAUGAGAUGGAGGGCCCACGAUGGAACAGUGUAUCGGCCGCUUAUUAAACUCCUGAGGGCCCUGAGGAUGGAGAAUCCCGCUCUGCAGCUUGGCCCUGCUCCCUCCGAACAGCCUGCCAGUAAAGACCAGAAACCUCUGCCGUCACAGUGUCUCAAAGAGGGAAGGAUUGUGUACAUUGUGCAGUUCUUGGGAAAAGCAAACAUUGGGAUGUUUGGAGGCAAAGAGGUGCUGCAGCAUGCAAUCCCACAAGUGCUGCAGAAAAACCUGCCCAGCAAGGAGGUGCUUUUAGAUAUGAAGGAAACACAUUUGACAUGCACAGACAGAAACAGUAAAAAGGAGCUCUUUGAGCAUCAUUAUCCAGAGAUUUCAUGCGUAGGGAGAUUUGCACAACCAGACUACAAAAUAUUUGCCUUCUGUGUGGCAGACUCCCCAGAAACCCCUCAGUCCACAGGCUUCUGCUGUGCAGUCCUCAGAGCCAGCACCGUCAAGGAGUGUGAGGAGAUAGUCUGCCGCAUCGCGACUGGUUUCAAACAUACUGAAUGGUUUGUAUGACAAAACACCAGCUGUGGUCAACAAUAUGUGUUGUAAAUAAAAUAUGUGUAAUGAAUCAUCCACACUGCAUCAGUGUCUGACUGCCAAAUAUACAUUUUUAAAUCAACUACAGAACACUCAAUAUGUCUACUCAUAAAGACCUUUAAUAGAAAGACAUGUGACAACAUUUCAUAAAUAGUAUUAAAUGUAGCUGCCAAGAUUUUAUGUUGGAAAAACAUGUAAAAAGCGAUCCAGAAAAAUACAGAGGGUCUGCCAUGCUCUUUGUCACCGAGUAUCGAGGAUCAACUGAGGUAGCCAAUACCCUGACACUACAGCGAGGCCUAUUGAACAUGACAUGCUGGCAUUUUGUGGUAAAUGGGUAAAGAAACCCUGGCCCUCCCAUGGAAGAUGCGAAGAAUUCAUCCCAACUUCAAAGACAACUCCAUCCCCAGAAGGAACCCAACACCUACACUAAACUUGAGUGGUGCAGUAAUGUUACAUUUAGUUUAAUAGCCGUGUUUUCAUACAGCCAAGCGGCUCUGAAACAAACAUGUGAGGUCUUCAGGAUUUGUUCUCAAUUGGGCCAGCUGUAAUUCUUUCAUGUCAGCUGGUAGUGGCCAUAGUCCAUGUCAUCUGAAUGGAAAGACAACUAAAGUGGAAGUAGCUGCAAGUUAAUUGUUCGCUACAUCAGAAAUUUUGCACAUCGACUUGAAUGCGCCAAAAACCCACCACAAGCAUAUAAACUUGUGAAAUUGAUGAAAUUCUCAUAAUUUCACAUUUCUAUUAACUUUAUCCAAUUAGAUGAGUUAUGGAAACACGGCUAAUGACCCAUGAUGGAACAGGUAGAUACUCCUGCUGCUAUACCCAAAGUAUAUUCAGGCUUAUGGAAUGGUUGAUGUAUUGUCUCAAUCUAAAAUACAAUACAAAAUUCAAAAAGAACUUAUAAAAA